AUGGAUUUGAACAAGAAACCACUACUCUUCCUAGAUAUGAAACUGCGUGACUACCCGACGGACCCUAUCAAAACCCUCAUCGACUCUGGCGCCACCUCCAACUUUAUAUCUCCCACAUUAGUAGAACAACUUAAAAUCCCAAAAACCCUACUCAAAAAUCCACGAGUAGUGAGAAUGCUAGAUGGUACCAUAUCCCAGACUGGUCGCAUUUGGCACCAGGUUCAACUCGCGGUCUUGGCCAAUGGCCACUCCCACAUUAUUCCUUUCCUUGUUUGCCCCAUAGGCAACACACCGGCUAUCCUAGGCAUGACAUGGUUAACAGCAGAAGCUCCCUUGAUUGACUGGCAACAGGGAUUAGUCACCUUCCCUGAACAAGUUCAAAUUGCCUCCAAAGAAGAAGCGGACUCAGACCCUCUAGCAGAUCUUCCCCCCCAGUACCAUGAGUUUGCUAAAGUCUUUGGCGAAGAAGAAUUUAAGGUCCUCCCUCCACAUAGGGAGUAUGACAUCUCUAUAGACCUUGUCCCAGACGCCAAAUUGACCCCUGGUCCCAUAUACAGCAUGACAGAUGCGGAAUCUAAGGCGUUGAAACAACACAUUGAUGAGGAACUAGCAACGGGCAAGAUUUGCCCCAGUACCUCAUCCGCCGGCGCUCCAGUCAUGUUUGUAAAAAAGGCAGAUGGCUCCCUAAGACUGGUAGUUGACUAUAGGAAGUUAAAUGACGUCACGCACAAGAACGUCUACCCACUCCCUAGGCAGGACGACUUGAUGGCCAAACUUAGGCACGCAAAGAUGUUCACUAAACUGGAUCUCCGCUGGGGCUACAAUAACGUUCGGAUCAAGGAAGGCAACGAAUGGAAAACCGCUUUUCGCACCAAAUAUGGGUUAUUUGAAUACCUGGUCAUGCCUUUUGGUCUCACAAACGCUCCCGCUGCAUUCCAGCACUUUAUGAAUGAUCUGUUCAGGGACCUAAUCGACGUAACAGUGGUAAUCUACUUAGAUGACAUUCUCAUCUUCUCAGAAAAGCCGGAAGAACACCUGCUCCACGUCAGAGAAGUCCUGUCUCGACUAAUGAAGAACCAGUUGUUCUGCAAGCUGUCAAAAUGUCAUUUCCACGUCACCACGGUGGAUUACUUGGGUAUCGUCAUAUCUCCAGCCGGCUUCUCUAUGGACCAGAAAAAGAUCAAGGCAGUCACGUCGUGGCCGCAACCCAAGACGGUUAAACAGGUCCAGGCCUUCCUAGGGUUUGUCAACUACCUCCGCCGCUUUAUUCCCAACUUCAGCUUGGUUGCGCGCCCUCUGCAUAACCUCACCAAAAAGGAAACCCCUUGGUCUUGGGGUAACCUAGAGGAAGCAGCGUUCCAGGAGUUAAAGCUUCUUGUUACCCAGUCACCGGUCCUUAUCCACUCCAACCCGGACAUGCCCUAUUACCUUGAAACAGACGCAUCAGGGGUAGCCAUGGGAGCCAUCUUAAGUCAACAAGGAGAGGAUAACCGCCUCCAUCCAAUCGCAUAUAUGUCCAAAUCCUUUUCUGGCGCCAAAGCUAACUAUGACACCCACAAUAAGGAGCUUCUAGCGAUCAUCAAAGCCCUGGAAGAGUGGCGUAUUUUUCUGGAAGCAACAGACAAACUGAUCCAGGUCUUCACAGAUCACAGAAACCUGGAAUAUUGGAUGCAGGCUAGGACAUUCAACAGAAGGCACGCACGUUGGCGGGUAUUCCUGAGUGAUUUUAACUUUGAAAUACACUAUUGCCCAGGGAAACAAUCAGGAAAACCCGACGCCCUUUCCAGAAGGUCAGACUACGUAGACUCCCUAGUAGAACCAGAGGUCAUGCUACCGUCAGAGGUUUUUGCCAAUACAUCAGAAGAGGAACUGGAAAUUGUCACGGAAAUACGCUCCAAACUAAGGGAAGAUCCAUCCCUUGAGCCUAUCAUCCAAUUCCUGACUGAAGACGUGGAUAACGCUCCCCCCUCCAUUCGGAAGGCUUACAGAGACUACGACUGGGAGGAAGAUCUACUAUGGUAUCGAGGAAAACUUGUGGUCCCGGACUCAGAAGCCCUGAAGGAACGAUUACUCAGGGAAUUCCAUGACUCCCCACUAGCGGGUCACCCAGGCCAGCAAAGGACCCUGGAGCUCUUGAGCUGUAACUACUGGUGGCCGGGAAUGAAGUCAUCCGCCAAGGAAUGGGUGGAAUGCUGCCCCACUUGUCAAGCCAAUCGUCGUGCCCACAACCCGGUCAUAGCUCUAAAACCCUUAGAAGUUCCCCCCUUUCCAUUUCACACCAUCUCCUAUGACUUCAUCACGGGUUUUCCCAAGUCAGAAGGACAUGAUGCAAUCCUGGUAGUCAUUGAUUCGUUCUCCAAGUUAGGCCACUUCAUCCCUACCUUGAAAAAGGUUUCAGCAAAGGGCUUAGCUGAUCUCUUUGUCUCCCACAUCUGGAAACUUCAUGGGCUCCCCAUCAAAACUAUAUCAGAUCGAGGGACUACAUUCACAGGGAAAUUCCUUAGGGCGCUCUACCAACGAUUAGGGAUUAAACCUUCCUUCUCCUCGGCCUACCACCCUGAAUCAGACGGCCAGACGGAACGUGUCAACCAGUUUAUUGAAUUCUACCUAAGGUCUUAUGUAGCAGCGGAUCAUUCAGAUUGGGUUAAGUGGUUACCACUUGCGGAGUAUGCCUAUAACAACGCCAAGCACUCAGCUACUGGAAAAACCCCAUUCGAAUUAAUUUAUGGCAGAAACCCGAUCAUGAAUCCGUCAAACAUCCCUGCAAACGUUCCAGAAGCAGACCUCGUGGCAGAUACCCUAGCCAGGGAAUGGGAGGAAGCCGAAGCAGCCCUCAGAAUGAGCAAGGAACGGAUGACAAGAGAUAAAGGAACAGUCCCGGAAUAUUCAAUAGGGGAAAAAGUCUGGUUAGAUGGAAAAAACGUAGAACUUAGGACAAAUUCCAACAAACUAGACCCCAAGCGACUAGGCCCCUUUGAGGUAUUAGAGAAGGUAUCCAGUCACGCGUACCGCCUCAAAUUACCGGAAACCCUUAAAAUCCACAACGUAUUCUAUGUGGGUUUGUUAUCCAGGGCACACAUAUCCCCAAGUCAACCAUUUCCAGAAAAACCCCCGCCUGAAACAAUAGAAGGGGAAGAAGAGUAUGAGGUGGAACAAAUUAUUGACUCCAAAAGACAACGGGGAAAGUGGUUCUACCUGAUCAAAUGGAAGGGUUAUGGCCCGGAAGACAAUUCCUGGGAACCGGAAGAACUCCUGGAGCACAGCCAAGAGGAAAUCCAGCGAUUCAACAAGUCACGACUGAAAAAGGCUUGUGACUCCGCCAAGAGCCUUUAA